AAUGGGCAAUACGUUUUUACCGUCACUUAUGUUUAUAAUCAUAGUCAGAGAUAUAAUAACGCAAUUUCAUUUGCUCAGGUAUAAGAAGCCGUGCGUAACCAUAAGUGUAAACAGUGUGUCGCAUGUUCCAUCUUAGAAUAUACAAUAUGCGGAGCGACGAUGGAAGUCUCAAAAUCGUUUUAUUUGUUCUCUUUACUUAUUACUACGUCGGAGAAACGAAAUCUUGUCGAUAUUGGUGCAGAACGCACGAUCUUCGGUAUUAUUGUUGUCACAAUGGGAAAAGUGAAAUGUGGAAGGAUAUUAUGUGGCCAUCUUUUUCGAUACCAUGGUUUUGGUUUAAUUUUGGAGAAUCUCAUUGGCAUCCUUUAGUUCAUCCAUCGUGGGAGAAAAAGAUGAAAAUGAAACAUUGUCCACCAUUGAGAUCGCAUUGUCCACGAUCUUACGACUGGUACGAUCUACCAAUGCUUUGCGAUGAUGACGAUCAAUGUCAGAAUAAAGAGAAAUGUUGUUACGACGUUUGUCUCGAGCAUAAAACUUGCAAGCCCGCGGAGUAGUUGCGCAGAUAUCGAGGGACAUGUGCGCGCACGUUUAACAGGGUAACAGCAUGGAAAGAGUACAACUAUGCGUGUUUCGUCGUCAUAAAUAAUUCUGCGUUUCUAAAAUCGUAAUACGCCGUUAGAAAAAUUAAAUCGCCUCUCUCUCUCUCUCUCUCCUCAUUUACAAACGUAAUCGAUCAGCGGAAUCGCAGAAUAAUAUUUAGUUAACAAUGAUGUACAUACGAUCAAUGACCUUACGAAGCAGUUCACGCGACAGAAUUUACGUGGGACCGACAACAAGCAAAACAGGGUCGUCGUAUGCUAAUCGAAACGUUUCUUUGCGAGUUACAUCUCAAUUAAGAGACAGACGGUGAUCUUGUUAAUUAAUGAAUAUAAGUUUAACAGGAUAUAUUUUAGCAUUAAAAUGGUCGUAGAGGUACGUUCGUGUAAUUGAUCCUAUCACAUUUCUAGAAUCGCUCGAUUAAAAUUCGUCCGUUUAAUUAUUUGGCGUGAGAAUUCUGCUAAAAUAGUCAUGACUCUUAAAAUUAACAUGGUUCACUAAGUUCGUUCUGCCUUUCUAACGAAGAUGCGUUUAAGAAAAUACAGAAGAAAUUUAUUGUAAAAGAUACAUUUUAUAAUAACGAUCGGAAAAACAUGGUUCUGAGCUUACCACGUGACUACCCUUCGUUACUACGGUACGACGGUAAUGAGAAAAUACGACCAGGUGGAUCCCGUGAAUCCACGAAUUGGAUCUUGGUCUACUACCUACAUCAAUCUUUAACUUCGGAGCUCUUUGUAAAGGUACCUCAUUCCGGCACGCGCAUAAUUGGUCCCGAAUUGGCUCGAGCUGAUUAUUUCAUUCCUGUGGACUUAAUGGGCGCCAGAGGGCGUUGAAGCGAUUCAGAUAAGGGCUUGGCGUACAGCAGAUGCGUGCUAUGCCUGCGUGAGGUGGAUUCGAGCCUCUUAAAUCAAGAUAUCAAGUUGUUUGUUUUAAGGCGAUUUAAGUCAUUACCAAGACUCGAUGACGCGCAAACAAGAUACAUACGUGGUGUAUAUAGAUUGUAAGUAAAAUUUGUUCUUUUCAAACGUCAUUUAAAUUGGCAAAAAUUCUUAAUAAUAAGAUGAAAACGAAAGUUUAUCUUGCGAUAUUACAUUAGAUAUUAUAGUCAAUGUCAAUCUUAAUUAUU